AUGAAUAUUCCUUCAAGAAUUGCAGUCAAAUUGCCACUUGCCACAGCUGGCCUUCCCCUCCGAGGUGUCCCAAAGUUUGGGUUUGUGCCAUUUUUUACCCAUAUAAGGCAAUUAGGGCUGGGGUUGGGGUUUUCAAAGAAAAUUGUUUCUAGCAUGGAGAAUUGUCAUGUUGACGUAGAAAAUAAGUUGGAGGUGGUUCGGCCUGCCACAGAAGUUUAUGCCCAAGAAGCAAUUGAAGCUCUCAAAGCAGGGAAGGUGAUUGCAGUACCCACAGAUACACUGUAUGGUUUUGCUUGUGAUGCUUGUUCUUUGGAAGCAGUCAAUAGCAUUUAUGAAAUGAAAGGACGUAAGCAUACAAGUCCUCUUGCAAUCUGUGUUGGUGAUGUGUCAGACAUACAACAAUUCGCCGUCACUGAAUAUCUGCCUCAUGGCUUACUUGAUUCUCUACUCCCGGGGCCUGUUACUGUUGUAUUGAAGCGAGGAGAGUCGAGUGCACUUGAGAAAUCCUUGAACCCAGGAUUGGAUAGUGUGGGAGUCCGGGUACCUGAUUGUAACUUCAUCAGGGUAGUUGCUCGUGGUUUGGGAAAAGCAGUGGCCCUUACGAGUGCAAACCUUAGUGGGCAGCCCAGUAGCCUUUGCAUCAAGGAUUUUGAGAACCUCUGGAAAAGUUGUGCAUAUGUUUAUGAUGGUGGUGUACUUCCAUCCAAUCGUGCAGGAUCAACAAUUGUAGACCUCACCAGGCCAGGAAAGUACAAGCUUCUUAGACCUGGAAGUGCUAAGGAAGAGACUCUGGCAGUUCUAGAAAAACAUUCUCUAGCUGAGGAAGCUGUGGUAUUUGAAGAGAACAUUUGA